UAAGGUAAUAUGGUUAAUAAAAAUAAAUUCCUGUGAUCUUCUAUACAGCCAAAGCGCAAGUUAAAGCAACAACACAAGAAUCAGGAGUCCAUUCCAGAGUGCUCCAAAGAUGCCACACCCAAUGAUCUGGAGGAAACUGAACCUUCUUUACCAAGCUGCAGCAGCCAGGGUUCGGAUACUAGUAUGUUGUCUAUGUCACAAAUAGCAAAUAACUACUAAUAUUUGUGUCCAGUAUUGAUUGGUACCCUACUAAUAUUCAUUUUGGAUAUUUUGUUUCUAGGCAUUGUUUCCAUGAAAAUGAGGAUUGAAUUUCUGGAAGAGAAAAUAAAGUGGCAAGAAAAAAUGAUUGGAGAGCUAGAAAAUGAACGCGAUUUUCUCCGGGAACAGGUUCUUGGAAAAACCAAAGGACAAGAUGUUGCACCUUUGAAUGUGAAACAAGAAGUCCACCAUGACUACAAUGAAGACACUACUUCCUCAUCCCCAAGUCUAAGUGAAUCAGAUGAGCCCAAAAUAAUAGAGGACAAACAGAAGAAAAGGAAGAAGGCAGCACACCAUUCUCUUCGACAUCACAUAAGAGUUAAAGGUCCAGAGGAGGUGAUCAGACGCUACCAGCAAGUCCUCAAAACAUUUAAGAAAGUUUGCACAAUGUCUGAAGCAUUCCAUCGACACAAUGUUGACAGGGGCACCAUUGUGGCAACUGCACCAAUAGCGGAGCUUCAGGUUGCAGACCCCAAGAUCUAUAGCACCUUGGUGUUUAAUCCAGCUAUGGAAACAUUACUAGCUUUUGCGAAAAGAUGUGCUGGUACUGUAAGUCCAGAAAUUAAAAGAUCUAUUGAAGAUCUCAAGGCUCGAGGGCAUCUAUUGCCCAUUUUGAUCAAGUACUGAAGUGGUGUUGCUUGAU